AUGGCAAAUUUUGACAAUUUAAUAUCAAAAUCUUCAGUUUUUCUAGUUCUACUGAUAUGCCAGUUGAAUUUAACUGAAGUAGUGUCCCUGGAACCUAUGUGUUCAAAGUUUUCUAAUGACGAACAGUUACUCGAGAAAAUGGUCCGUGUGGAAUUCUACGUGGAAAAUGUGCAGAAAGAUUCAGAAAAGAGUGUUUCUAAUGUUAUGGAUAUGUUACACGACAUUCAAGGCAAUAAUAGCGAAUUAUCGAACAGAUUGUUGGAGCAGAAGGACAAGGUAGACAUUUUAGAAAGACAGACGGGUGUUUUAAAAGACACAAUGGCAAACGAAAUUGUCGUAUCUGAGAACAAAGAGAGUAUAAGAAGCAUUGCAGCAGAUGUACGAAAUAUCAGGAAUGACCUUGAGAAUAAAACUUCCGGUUUAGAUAACUUAUUGGUGAUUACAGAUGAGAUCAACAAAAAGUGUGAGGAUGGACUUUCAGACCUGUCUAAAAAUUUGGAAAGACAGACAAAUGAUUUGAGAUCUUCUUCCACAGAUUUUGACAAACAGAAGAAUGUUCUCGAGGACCAAAAAAAAGAAAUUGAAGACCUUAGACAAGACUUCAACAAUAAAUCUUCAGAAAUAGCGGCAAUUAAAGAAAGCAUGAAAAACGUGUCAGUAGAUGUGGCAAAUAUUAAGAAUGACAUGAAGAAGUUAGAUGACGUCAAAACCAUGAAGGAUGAUCUUUCAGAACUGUCCAAAAGACUUGCGGAUUUGGAAAAACAAAUGAAAGAGUUGGAUCAGACAACGGAGAACAAAACACAGACUAUAGCAUUCAAUGUGAUGGAUGCAGUAAACUACACGGGUAAUGUCAUAAAAUUCUCCACAAUUAUACUAAACGAAGGCGACGCCUACAACAUAGACACGGGGAUUUUCAAAGCACCAACUGACGGGAUUUAUCAGUUUAAUGCACAUAUUUGCGGCAAUAAAACUGUAGGAUCAAUAGAGUAUCACAUAAUGGUUGGCAGUAUCAAGAUAGUUACCGGAGAAUUUAUUCUGCCAAAUAGAGCUACAGAUACAAAAUGUACGUCUUUUAGUGCAGUAGCAUUAGUUCGAAAAGGCGAAAAUGUUGGUGUUGGGGGAAUGUCGUCUUUCUCUAGUUUAGAUCAAAGAUAUCAUGAUGACGUAUCAUCUUUCUCUGGUAUAUUGAUUCGCACAAUAUAGGGUAAAAUUCAUGAACAAUGCAUUUGGCUUACAAACAUCAUUAAAUAUUAACAUGUAAUGCCUCUUUUUGCAGCUUAUCCUUAACCUUCGGUAGGGAGUGGGUUGUCCGCCGUCCAUCCGGUAACAGCAUUCGUCUUCUUCUCCGACAUUAUAAUUCGAUUUAUUUUAAAUUAGUUUUUCAGGUUCUUUGUAUCACACAAACACGCACGCACACACACACACUGUGGUUUGCUGAUGUAAUAGGUCUCUGCUAGAUGUCACUGGAUGUCAAAAUAUAAACAAAAAGCUUUUAAACAUAUUCUGUCAGGAUGAUCAAGUUUGCUAAAAUAAUUUUGCGUACCUCUUUUAAGGUUUAAAUUUAAGGACAUACUAAAGCUUAAAAUAUAACUAUCUAUGCGUAUAUUCUACUCAGGAACCAACGAAUCUUUUGCUAUAGCAUUUUGAAAUAUUCUUAUGAAGUAAGAAGUAUGAAUAAUUAAUAUGAAGUAAGUCAUCCCUUUCUUUAAAAAUAUAAAUAAGUAAUAUGAAGUAAGUCAUCCCUUUCUUAUGGGCAAGUAGAACAUUAUAUGGAAAUAUGGCGAGGUCUUCUCUAUUAAUACUGGUCAGGGUUACUUCUAAUUUAUUUGCAGCUUUAUCGUGACAGCCAUACUGCAAUCCAUUUAUAUUUACAAGAACACCAAAGUUUUAUCGCAUUGUAAGGCCUCCGGUCUAAAGUACAUUCAAAAUGGCAUCAACUGUAGUUAUGGUGUAUAUAGAACAGUGUAUUUAGAUGCGCUUUAAUAGAUAAGAUAAUGGUAUUGACAGGUAGCACACAGGAUUAAUAGCUCAAGGAUUCUGAAGAGUUUUCGAACAUCAUUAAAAUAUUCUGGUAUGCACAAUUCCUUAAUCUUUGUGAAAAUAUUCGUAGAAAUACCGUUUGGUUGUCUACUUCGUUGGCUAUCCAAACAUAGCUAUAUCCGUAUUUAUAAAAUAAAGGGUUUACAUGUGUUACCCAUGUGACACGACAUGUCAGGUCUAAACGUUUUAACUUAUAGAGAAUCUCUCUGUAGACAUACAUGUUUACUUGCUCAAAUACUGAUACACCUUGCCAUUACUUCACAAGAGUGGCUUCUACCACAUUUACUGAAGGCAAAAAAAAUAUUGAUUCAUACAUGCUACACGUUUACAAAAACGAGCAUGUAUCUAUCUGUCGAUAAUUGGACAAAUUUUGUAUUCUCAUAUUUCUGCUGGGCAAGUCAAUAUUGUUGCAAUUGUGUAGUCAAAUAACUUGAAUAGUUCUUUGUGAUAUAGGUGACUGAAAUAACGUUUAUCGCUUUGUUUGCUUGUAAAACCAAACAUCUUGGGUGUUAGUCCAAAAUCACGUCGGAGUAAAGAAUGACCCAACAAUUCUUUUAGCACGAAACAACCUCAAUUUUUCCCCUUGGUUUGUCCAUUUUUUAUUUUGUCUUUUAGAAGUAUCCAUCUUUCCGAAACAACAUGAUCUUAGAUUUGUCUUGAUUGAUUUUAAAUCCUGUUGUUUGUUUUGUUGUUGUUUAUUUCUCUCUCUCACAAAAAUCACCUUUUUCAGUUAUCUGAGUUUGUAGUUUAGCUCGAGGAUAUAUCGUCUGCAAACAUAAAGGCAAUUUAUAAGGAAUAUCGUUUGUAAUAAAAAUAAUCACCAAAAAGCCAUUUUUUUUCAGACAAGUUUCUAAAUCGUUUGUACGUAUAAAGCAAGAAUAUAAAUGUAGUUGUACAUUUAUAUAAGUGACACAGCCCUGCUUAUUUCGGUUCAAUUUCGCAUGGAAAGAAAUACGUUAUACCGGUACCUUAAAACACGAUUGUAGCUGACUGAACAUGGAUUUAAAAAUUAAUAAUAGCUUGCUGUUUUCCUUCAUACCCUUACGUCUCAAGCUGUUCCAUAGCUGAGCAUGAAUCGAAGGCUUUCAUGAUAUCGAUAAAAAUACAUAUGCACGUCCUUUCUUUUUAGACAAGUAUUUUGCACUAUAGCUUGUGAGUUAAAAACGUCAUCAACGGUGAAAUACCCACGUCUAAAUAUUGCUUCCUAUUCGUCAAUGACACUUUUUGCUUCUGUCAAAAUAAUAUGGAUUGAAAGUACUUCUUGCACGUGGCUUAAGAUAUCAACAAUGACAGAGAGCAUUAUUGGCAAAGCAUUUACUUGACAUAGGUACUUAAAGUGGAUUACAUGUGCAAUAUGAUAAAUUUAUUCACUUGAAAAAAUAUUUCUUAAUUGGAAAAUUUGUAAAUUUUUAUAAAAUUGCAUGAACCUACAGGCGUAACACAUAAUAUUACCGGAUCAUUUCAACUACGAAAAUGUACAGUUGUAAUAGUUUAUGUCACAAACAUGUAUAUGCAAUGAUUGUUUUUGACUUUUGGCUA